AUGAAUCGAUCAAAGAAAGGAAAGCAUGCCUCUGCCAUCUUCAUCCACGCCGGCGCUGGCUAUCACCGUCGCGACUUCGAAAAACCCCACAUGAGAGUGUGCGAGAGCGCAGCCAAGAUUGCCAUGAGUGUUCUUCGUAACGGUGGUUCGGCGGUCGAUGCUGUUGAAGUAGCCAUCAUGUACCUUGAGGAUGCAGAGAUCACCAAUGCGGGCUACGGUAGUAACACUACGAUCGAGGGCACUGUCGAGUGCGAUGCCACGGUAGUUGACCACCUCGGACGUAGCGGGGCUGUCGGUGCCGUAGCGCAGGUGAAAAACCCCAUCUCACUGGCUCGCACGAUCCUCGACGCAUCAAAGGAACCGUUGACCUUACAUCGAGUACCUCCAAACUUCCUCGUGGGACCGGGAGCCACAGACUACGCUUACGAGCGCGGGCUAGUGGUUCUUCCUCAUGAUGGCCUUGUAUCGAAUCCAGCAAGACACAGGUGGAUGCAGUGGCAGAGGGAACUCAAAGAGGCGGAUAUCCGGCAGCGAGCCAAGUCACAGGGAUCAAAUGAGAUUGACAGCACCUAUUACCGUCGCCCAGUUAGGGGCUAUUCGACUCACUUUCCCAUAAUCCCUUCCAGCACACAAUCAGCAUCAGCCCCUACGAGUUCCUAUGUGGGCAUGCAUAAUAUUGGGAAGGGUAAUCCAGACAGUGGGCAUAUAGACUCGCGAAACAGCGGCGUCCCAACAGAAGCAGACGUUCAGGUUCCACCCUCCAAUGAAAUGAAGGCUAAGAGCGAUCAUUCUAGUGGUGGUAUAUCCCCCACGUCAGUACGAUCAUCUGCGAACCCGUUCAAAAGAACAUUUUUUCACCCCAAUCCACUCAGGGCUACUACCCAAACUGGAGUACCUAUGGACGUCGAUGAGCCUUCGCUUCCAUCCCACGGCCGGGACGGUUCUCUGCCCGACCUUUUCGGGUUUACGGAGGAUCGUGUAAGCGAUACCGUGGGUGCCAUCGCUGUAGAUAGCUAUGGUCACAUUGCGGCCGGAUCUUCUUCUGGGGGAAUUGGAAUGAAACAUAAAGGUAGGAUUGGGCCGGCAGCGCUGAACGGGAUUGGUACCAGUGUCAUCCCUGUCGACCCUAAUGACCCCGAAAAGACAUCCGUAGCGAGCGUCACAUCCGGCACAGGGGAGCAUAUUGCGACCACCUUAGCUGCAUACACCUGUGCUUCACGGGUCUACUACACCCACCGAAAACGCCCAGAUGGUACCUUUGAGGAGGUCACCGAAGACGAGGCUAUGGGGGCAAUGAUUGCAACAGACUAUAUGGGCCACCCUGGUGUGAAAGCCAGCCAUUGCGAGGGUUCUGUCGGGAUUAUGACUGUCAAGCAAACAGUAGAUGGAAUAUACUUAUACUUUGCGCACAACACAGAUUCCUUCGUGCUCGCCAAUAUGAGCAGCGAUGACAAGAAACCGUCUUCUGUUAUGUCUCGCGGCAAUGGACAUGGAAGCAUUGCGCAGGGUGGGAAGGCCUUUCGAAUGAAACAGCCUUCAUGA